AAGCGUGAAUUCGUUUCGAAAAUGGUUGUCAUUGCGUACAUCACACAAUUGGACGUUUCUCUUUGAAGACCGCUCUCUCGUCGUCUCGCUUUUCUUCGCAAGCAAAGCUUCAAAAUUGUUUCGCGAUGGCGCGCCUUGCUCUCCUACUGACCGUGCUCGCGGCUUUGUGUUACACAAGCCAGGCCAUCCCGGUGCCGACGGAAGAUGUGCAGGAAAGUACGCAAGCUGAACUGUCUGAAUUGCCUAAACACAUCAUCGACGAACUGAAAGAGCAAUUUGAGCGUUUCAAGGAGAAAUUGACAGAUGAAAUAGAAAAAUGGCAAAAACAGCUUUACGAGGAGAAAGAAAUUGCCGAGAGCACGUUCAUUCAAGUUAAAGGGAACGCCGAGAAAUCGUUACAAGAGAAAAAAUUAACCGACGAGGACUUUAUGGAGAAACUCGAGGCAAAGCAACGAGAAAUUGAGAAAAAAUUCCAAGAGAAGAUGAAGAAUAUUAUUGAGAAGCUUAAGGAGUUCGCCAAGAAGUUUCCUACGCUCGAUGAAAUCAAGGAAAAGCUAAAGGAGAUGUUGGAGAAGUGGCGGUCGAAUGGCGGCGAUGGAACUCAUGGAAAGAUUGGAGACAUGGUGGACAAAGGCAGAGGCAUUUCGGAUAAUAUCCAAAAGAAAUUGCGGGAGGAUGCGGAUGCCAUUGGAAAAAAGGUGAAAGAUUUUACGGAAGAAACUCAAAAACUUGGCGACAAUUUGAAAAGCAAGCUGGAAAAAGAAAUGAGUGAUCUGAAAGAAAGACUCAAAGUGAAAGAUAAGCUGGAAGAGAGAAUAAAAAAGAUAACGGAAGGAUUUGACAAAGUGUGGAAGAGUGUAACCGGCAAUGUCGAGAGCAUCGUUGAGAAGGCGAAGGAAGGUUUUGGCAAAUUACAGGAGAAAUUGAAGAAACAAAUGAAAAAUUUUGCCGAUACCGUAAAGAAUCAAGUCGGCGAGUUGAAGAAACGGUUGGAUCAACUGAAGGAGAUCGUAGGCGACACCGUGGAACAGUUUGUUCAAGCGGUAAGGGAGGAGUUGGGCAAGGUAGAGGAGCAGCUGAAACAAUUAAAAAACAAGAUGGAAAAGUCUGCCAAGAAGAUGGAGAACGACGUUAAGAAAUUGAAAGAUGCGUUGAAGGAAAAGGCUGCAAAAAUGCAGAAGGAGAUCAAAGAAUAUCUAGAGGAAAUAAAGAAUGAUAUAAAGGAUGAAGGCGCCGAAUUGAAAAAGAAAUUCCAAGACACGAUAGAAGAUAUCAGCAAGAAAAUGGAUCAAGUGGUCGACCAAGUGAAAGAGAAAGCGCGGCAGAUGUCGAAUGAAGUGAAAAACAACCUGAGCAAACUUGCCGAAGAGAUGGAGAACAUGAAGAAAGAAUUGCAGAAGAACGUGAACGGUAGUAUGGAGGAAAUGAAGAGAAAGAUGAGCGAAACGAUGGGCAAGUUGAAAGAGAAAUUGGAAGAAUUUCAAAAACAGAUGGGAGACCUUCGGAAGCAACUGACGGAUGACAUCGAUAAGAUAAAGAAGGAAUUGGAUAAGGCGAACGAAAAGGUGAAGGAGGAAGUAAAGAGAGAAAAAGAGAACAUGAAGGACUCGCUUAAAAAGAUUAAAGACGAUCUCAAGAACGCUAAAGAGUCUUCCCUUUCGGAGACGACAGCUUUUGGAUUAAGGACUGGCGUAAGGGGAGCAGUGGGCUCGGUACUUGAAAUUGUCAACGACGCAUUGAGGGGCGUCACACAUGCAUUAGAACCCAGGGGCCGUAUUCUGUUGUAACUCUUAACGACAGCUAGGGAUAUCGUUACGUAUCGUUGCGCAGCACUUUUCUACCAUGUAUAAUAUCUGCGCAACGACUCUUUAACGAUACCGAAUUGUCGCUAAGAUGUUACAGAAUCCCGCUACAGGCAUUAGAACCCAUCCUCCUCAAAUCAGCCGCGAGAGCAGAGAGGAAAAAGUAGACUGUAGUAGAACGACGUGAACGGACGAUGCGAAAAUGACGAGCGAGAUUGAGAGGGAGAGGGAACAAGCGUUAUAUUAUACUUUGGUUAUAUUCAAAAUUUAUGUGUUUGGCAGACGCUAGAAACUUUAGUGUCGUAACUUGUCUUCAAUCGUUUCUUUGUAUUUUAUGUCCAGGAAAUAACGCUCGAGAAGCUCAAAAUCUGUCAUUUAAAUUUCUUCUAUGGGUCGGGCUUCAUUUUAAUUAACAUUAUCUCUCUCUUUCUCGAAUCACAAUUGUGUUGAAAUUUAUGGAAAAAAAAAUAUAAAAAAACAUGUACGCUUUAACAUUUUAACAAAAUUGAAUUAUGCACUAUGCACUAUGCACUAUGCACUAUGAGCUAAUGCGUGUGCAUUGUAAAAAUUUUAAUAAAAUAAUAUGUCAUUGUUGUAUAUA